AUGUCUGCUACCGGAACUGCCCCUCCCACCUCUACCGGCUCCGUCAAGGUGGACGCCAUCAAGGAGAACGUCAAGGCUGCUGUCAAGCAGCCCAGCGGUCUUGACCUCUACUCGAGAUUCGCCUUUGCCGGUGCUGUCUGCUGUUCCGUCACCCACGGUGGUCUUACCCCCGUCGAUCNNGUCAAGACCAGAAUCCAGCUUGACCCCGUCACCUACAACCGCGGUCUCAUUGGUGGUUUCCGCCAGGUCAUCCAGAAUGAGGGUGCUGGCGCUCUCCUGACCGGUGUUGGCCCCACCUUCGCUGGUUACUUCCUCCAGGGUGCUUUCAAGUUCGGUGGUUACGAGUUCUUCAAGCAGCAGGCCAUCUCCAUGGUCGGCUACGAGAACGCUGUCCAGAACCGCACCGCUGUCUACCUCGUCUCUUCCGCCUUCGCUGAGUUCUUCGCCGACAUUGCCCUCUGCCCUCUCGAGGCCACCCGUAUCCGUCUCGUUUCUGAGCCCACCUUCGCUUCCGGUCUCGUUUCUGGUUUCUCCAAGAUUGCAAAGACUGAGGGUCUCGGCGGUUUCUACUCUGGUUUCGGUCCCAUGCUCUUCAAGCAGGUUCCCUACACCAUGUCCAAGUUCGUCGUUUACGAGAAGGUCGCCGAGGCCAUCUACAAGCGCGUCGACAAGAACACUGCCUCUUCCGGUAUGCAGACCGGCAUCAACCUUGGUUCCGGUCUCAUCGCCGGUUUCGCCGCCGCCAUCGUUUCUCAGCCCGCCGACACCAUGCUCUCCAAGAUCAACAAGACCAAGGGUAUGCCCGGUGAGAGCACCACUUCCCGUUUGAUCAAGAUCGCCAAGGAGCUUGGUUUCCGCGGUUCGUACUCUGGUAUCGGUGCCCGUCUCUUCAUGGUCGGUACCAUCACUGCUGGACAGUUCGCCAUCUACGGUAAGUUCAGGAAACUUCUCAACGUCUUUUACUGCGCUAAUCCCAUCGAAUCACAGNGCGACAUCAAGAAGGCAAUCGGCGCCACCGGAGGUGUGGAAAUCGCCAAAUAA